AUGGAAUGUUCGGCAGCGUUUUCCGAGUGCUCGACGGGUGGUUGUCGAUGUAAGAAAGGAUUUCAAAGGGAUGGGAAAGGAGGUUGCAAACCCAUAGCUUACAACUGCAUUAAUAAUGGCAAACCGUUAAUGAUUGCGGAUGAAAUUGCGACGUGCUCGAUGAGAUCAACGCUUGCAAGGCUUCUAUUUAGUCGUUUAAACAAGAGAUCAACGAAGAACCCCGCACUAACAUCCCUAAAUGGAACAGCUGAUUGGUCCGAUUUGAGUGACGAGUGUCCAGAGCACUACUAUUGUGUACCGUUAUUUGACGAUGCGGCAAAGCCUGGUUACUAUCAGGGAUUUUGCUGCCCAUCACCGGGACCACCUCGUCCAGUUUGCCCAGUUGGUGAACCGCAUGAGACGAGUUUUCCGCCAGAUUACGGUUGUGACUACUGUCCGCUAGAAUACUACUGUCACAGAGAUGCUUUUUACCCAGAUAAAUCAGUAAGCAGACCAUCUCUAAACUGA